AUGACACAAGAGAUCACCACCCCCAAGCAAGGAAUAAUAUCUGAUGAGAACUACUCUAGAAUUAUGGGGUUCGUUGCCGGUGUAUUCUCCGGUGUCAUGAAGAACACCGUUGGUCACCCGAUGGACAGUAUUAAAGUGAGAUUGCAGACCUCACAGGGAACAGGCAGGUUUACGGGGCCAUUGGACUGUGUCAAGAAAACGUUUCAGCAACAGGGAAUUCGUGGGUUCUAUUUAGGAUUUACACCUCCAUUGGUAGGCUGGGUUUUAAUGGAUUCUGUUUUAUUAGGAAGCUUACACAAUUAUAGAAUGCUAUUGCACAAAUAUGUGUAUCCUGAACACGAAAAAUUACCAUUACUUGGAUGUGUAGUCAGUGGUGUCAUGUCGGGUUGGACAGUUAGUUUUAUUGCUGCACCUGUUGAAUAUGCAAAGGCCAGAUUACAGGUCCAAUAUGAUCCCUCUACAACGAAAUAUAGUGGCCCGCUUGAUGUUAUCAAAAAGACAUGGAAACAAAAAGGUGUAAGAGGCCUAUAUAAAGGUCUGAUUAGUACACUGAUAUUCAGAUCGAACUUUGUCUUCUGGUGGGGAUCAUAUGAGUUGAUAACACAAUGGUUUAAAAAAAACACGAACAUGAGUGAUCCUGCAAUAAAUUUCUGGGCCGGUGGUUUAAGUGCCACUUUUGGAUUUUGGACGUUCGCGUAUGCGAGUGACGUCGUCAAACAAGUUGUGCUUUGCGAUGAUAAAUACGAUGGUAGCUUCAAAUCUUGGAAGUCCGCCGUUCGUGAUAUUUAUACAGGGCAUGGGAUCAGAGGGUUCUUCAAAGGUUUUACCCCCAGCUUUUGUAGAUCAUUCCCUGCAAAUGCUGCGGCACUAGCUGCGUUUGAAUUUGUGUUGAGAACAAGUGGUGCCAAGCCAUCUUGA